GUGCAGAACUCUCCUCUCUCCUUGCAACCCGAAUUCGCCACCAUCUUUCUCUUCAACUUUGGACGUUGUUGAGAAAUUCGCAACUCCAAAUAAUUGCAAGAAUCAAAUUUAUUCACCCUCAGAAAACACCAUCCGACAAAUUUAAUCAUGUCUUACGGUAAACAAAAUGGCGGCUCGUACCGCGGCCGUGGCUCCGAGAACGGAGGGGGUUUUGGCGGCGGCGCAAGUCGUAACGGGUUCGGGGGCGGUAGUCGCUUCAAGAAUGGCGGUGGGGGCGGCGGCGGAGGAAGCCGAUUCGGCGGCCGUAGCGGCGGCGGCGGUUCCCCGGGCAAUCGGCUCAGAAAACCCAACUGGGACAUGAAGAACUUGCGUCCUUUCAAAAAAGAUUUUUACGUCCCUCACCCCGCGGUUGCCAACAGGUCUAAAUACGAAGUCGAACAGUACAGAAGGUCGAAGGAAAUCACAAUCGAUGGCGACGCUCCCAACCCUAUCCAGAAUUUCGAAGAGGCGUGUUUCCCCGACUAUGUCCAACACGAGAUCCAGAAACAGGGCUACGACACGCCGACGGCCAUCCAGGCCCAAGGCUGGCCCAUUGCGAUGAGUGGGAAGGAUUUGGUGGGCAUUGCCCAGACUGGAUCGGGCAAAACCUUGGCUUAUAUCUUACCAGCGAUUGUCCAUAUCAAUAACCAGCCAUCCAUCCAGCGUGGCGAUGGUCCAAUAGCUCUAGUUUUGGCCCCCACACGAGAACUGGCACAACAAAUUCAGCAAGUGGCUCAUGAUUUUGGAAGCUCGUCAUAUGUGAGAAACACGUGCAUUUUUGGAGGCGCACCCAAGGGACCUCAAGCCAGAGAUUUGGAACGUGGAGUCGAAAUUUGUAUUGCAACCCCCGGACGUUUGAUUGAUUUUCUUGAGAAGGGCACCACCAACUUGCAAAGAUGCACAUAUUUGGUGCUGGAUGAAGCUGAUAGGAUGUUGGAUAUGGGUUUUGAGCCCCAAAUACGGAAAAUUAUUGAACAAAUCAGACCUGACAGACAGACUUUGAUGUGGUCAGCAACUUGGCCCAAAGAAGUCCGAAAAUUGGCACAAGAUUUCUUGAGAAACUACGUACAAAUCAAUAUUGGGUCGUUGCAAUUGUCAGCCAACCACAACAUUCUUCAAAUCGUUGAUGUUUGCCAGGAACACGAAAAGGAAACAAAAUUGAAUAACUUGUUGCAAGAAAUCGGCAAUAACGGCGAGCCUGGAGCAAAAAUAAUCAUAUUCGUAGAAACAAAAAAGAAGGUAGAAGGUAUAACUCGAACAAUUAGACGUUACGGAUGGCCCGCCGUUUGCAUGCAUGGAGACAAGAGUCAACAAGAGCGCGAUUUCGUGUUGAGAGAGUUCCGAAAUGGAAAAUCGAGCAUUUUAAUUGCUACAGACGUAGCUGCUCGUGGCUUGGAUGUGGAAGGAAUUAAAUAUGUCAUAAACUAUGACUAUCCCAACUCUUCUGAAGAUUAUAUUCACAGAAUAGGAAGAACAGGUCGAUCUGACACCACCGGUACCUCUUAUGCUUUCUUCACUCCAUCCAAUUUCCGACAAGCCAAAGAUUUGGUUUCCGUUCUUAAAGAAGCAAACCAGCUUAAACUUUCCUUUAGGAAAAAAUUUCAGGUUACUUACAUUCAUCGAUUACUAUACAUUGGCGAACACAGUUUCUCCUCCUCUGGAAUAGUAGAAGCAAUGGAAAAAAAUUACAAACUAACCAAUACUGGAUACCUUACUGAACCUUUAUCCGGAAUCCUUCUCUACUAUGCCAACUAUUUCUGCUACAUAGCCGAAGGUUCCGAAGAAGCCCUCCACAAACACUUGAGCCUGUUGUUUGAACACGAAUCCGAGAAUAUCGAUAACGUCCGACUCCUAUCAGCAAUCCAUCACGUUAAAGCGCGUUUUUGGAACGAAUGGAUGUCUCAUUUCGGCCGUCCCGCUGAACGCGUCGAGGAGUUCGACCUUAACAGCGGCUUAGAAAGCUCCAUGAUGUACGUGACAGAGUGCUGCGAGCGAUUAUACAAAUUUGCUAAUGCCUUUAUCAGCGACCAGUUGAAAGCCCGGGCCAAAAGGGAGGAAGACAGCGACAGUUCUGAUGAAGACAGAGUCCCUGAUGUUACUCAACUGCGGAGGUCUAAGAGUUUGGUCGAACGCGACCCCUACUAUGAGCACCUUCCUGAAGUGAAACUUUUAAAAUUUUUGACCAAUUGCCAGUAUUUGAAGACCUUGAAACAGUACCAUCGCUAUUACGAACAUAUCGGACAAUCGAAAGACUUCAGCUUGAAAGCAUGGCCAGCACCGAAGAAUUUCAUACCUUACGAUGUCUUUGAAGAAGAGUAUGACCCGAUAACUGACUUGCCGACAGUUGAAGGCCAAGAAGUGGUUAAAGAGGAAGAAUUGGGAAGUUUAUCAGCAUCGGUUAAAACAGGACAAAUAGAAGAUUAAUUAAUUUUAUUUAAAUAAAUUAAAUUCCCAUA